AUGUCCUCCAAUGUUGCUCGCCAUGCACCCGCGAAGUCAGAGACAAAGCGACCCAAGCGAGUUUUGACCAGCACACGCAAGAGCAGACAGCAACGGGAAAACAUCGAAAACACCUUGUCCGCGUCGCACUCUUCAAUGACCCUUGCAAACCUCCCUAUCCAGAAGCAGUCCACCCAGAUCAGGAAACGGCUCUUAACCGAAUGCCAGUCUAACGCCGCCCUGACCCCUGGAGAUCGAUUGUCCAAUAAGCGACAAAAGCUACUCCUCGAUGAUCCUCCUCGACCCGACUCCGCUGGCCCCUCUUCCUCUGUUCCUCCUCUCCAUCGCACCCUUUCUGACAAGUCCUCCUACCUCAACCAAGCCCCCCUGCACGAACUCAGCCCCGAUGCAAAGUCCCACUCCACCUCGGCCUUCUGGAAACGACCCUCUCAGCUUCUUCGCACUGCUUCGGACAGCGACGCUGAUGCUGAUGACGAGGACGAUCCACUUCAAAGGAUUACCUCUCCAGCCGCAAAGCCCCAAGCAUUGGCUCAGAGCUCUGCAAUGUCCGCCAAAGGGGAUCCCGAUCACCCCUCAACUCUCAAGAACAGUCUCCAGCCAAUUGUCAGUAAGACUCUCAAGCAGAGUCCAUCGCCCCCUAGUCACCAGUUCCUUUUCUCUAUGGAUGAUGAUGAGCUUUUUGGGAGCGACACCACCUUGACCAGCCCCGAGGAUGACUCUGAUGAUGACGUCACUGGGCCUUCACACUCUACGACCAAGGUCGAGCGUACUCGCUCAACCAAGCGCGAGGUGCCUUUUUCUAUCAGGACCCGUAGCAAGAGGGCCGCUUCUUCGACUGUCGCAUCACAAAGCAGCAGUGAAUCCAACAAAAGUCAUCCUUCCAUGAACGAUACGUCGGUGUUGUCUCGAAUUCAGAGCUCAGUCGAACAACGUGCCCCUGAAUUGGCCGUCAGUCCUGUAGUGUCAGUUGCUCCGAUAUCGCUGAUGGCUCGCAUUCUCGAGGGUAGAAAGAGGCCCACGGAAGCUGAACUGGAUGAGGACGAGGAUGACUGUUCAGAUGACGCACAACCCGAGGUGUCUCCAAUCGUUUGGCCCAAUUCCGUCAAGACAGAAUCUCCCCUCGCACCCGCUCCCUCGGAUGAUGUUUCACUCAAUGCAACUGUUGUGGAAUCACUCCUCAAGGAUAUCUAUAUAGCUGUUUGUCUCCCAAGCGAGAACCCGUCUCUUUCUACUCUCACCCCUACCGCCCCUACCGUCCCUACCGCAGCGCCUGCGGGACAUGUCUUUGCUAUGCCAACUCUUCCAGUCCUCCGAAGAAAUCGAGGCUACUCAUCGAGCCGGUGUAAGACUUCCAGUUCAGCGGAUCUGAUCGAUCGACCCAACACCAGAGAAUAUGCCUCCCGGCAGUCCACUCGCACCAUGCCCCGUCCUCGCUUAUUUCAAACUUGUCGCGACAUUAUGUCACAAUCGGACCCGGAUCGCCAUCGAACCGACAUCCAGUCCAUCUCGAUGAUGCUCAAGCAUUCGCUCGAACAGGGUAUGCGCAAGAUCCAGGACGCUGCCGCGGAAGCUCAGGCAAAGUCGGAGACGAAAGCGGAGCCCAAGGUGGGCUCGGUCAACUUGCAAGCGUGGGGUGCUGUCAUCGGCAACGGUAAGGGCCUUUUCCGUGAAUCGCCACGCAGGCAGCGGGAGUUGGAGCGAGUCGCUGAGAGACGGCACUUCGUUGAAGAGACGUAUCGCGCUUUGGAUUUCCCAUCACCUCCUCUUGGCUGGGACAAGUCGUCCCAGGUGAUUUUGGACAAGCUCACUCCCGAGAAGAGUCUGACCAAGACUCGGAGCAGCAAGGCUGAAAAGCGCUGGCCUAGCGAUCUUGACAACACUCUUGGAUGUGAUUAUUGUCGCAAGACUUACCAGGAUCAAGCAGGAUUAGCGCACCACAUGGAGCGAUGUACCAUGGCACAGAUGCAAACAUCCAUUGUCGCCGAUAUGGAUGGCGAUUCGACAGCCUCAGAAACAGAGGACCAACGGAUGGCGCGAUCCCCAACGGCUCUACUGGAGAAAAAGGCAGGACUUAAAAUCAUGGACGAGAUCUCUGAGAACGACGAUGAGGAAGAAGAUGACGGAGGCGACGAAGAGGGUAUCAUCAUGUGUGUCUGUGGAUCCAAAGAAGACGAAGGCGCCAUGAUACAAUGCGACAAGUGCGAGGUAUGGCUUCAUCUCGAGUGCCUGGAUCUCUCAGAGGAUGACGUCCCUGAAGAGUACUUUUGCCCAACAUGCCAAGGCUUGCCCACACCAAGCACUGGCGGAAAGUCUUUUAGACACAUCCCUAGCAAGGCCUCCGAGAGAUCUCGCAGCCAGACUAAAGCUGGUCGACCUCGCCGCAAACCGGAAAGUCAGGGAGCUUCGUCAGCCAAGGGCAGUCGUCGAGUUGCUCGAUCCAAACCAGUCCCUCACUGGAUGCACGUUCGACAGGACACCAAGAUUGAGACAAGUAGCGACUCUGAAGACACUUACUCGACAGGCACAGAUGAAGAUGAGAGUCAGCAUUCACAGGAGAGAAUGGGUUCGCCUCAAGUGACCCUGAACCAUGAUUGGAGAUCUGUCGGUCAAGGCUCAGGAAACAUCCUGGGGUACGACAGCGAGUACAUGAACACAUUGUUUGGUGUCUCUUCCUCCCAUACCGUCUUCAAGAAGUCAAAGGCACCCGCUCUGAUGUUGAAUGGAUCUUCAAGCCAAGAAGUACAAGAAGAGUUGUCGAGCAAUCUCUUGUCGACCGAUCUUGGUUUCAAUGACCACGAGGAGAUCGUCUUUCCCGGAGCAUCCAAUCGUCACACGAUUAUGGGGCCCAACUUUGACUCGGAAGCGCUCUUUGACCAAGGUUACAUCGGUGGUGCUGAUUCCCUCCCUUCCAGCCAGAACUUGGGCUCUGACGACACCAUCGACUCUGAUGGCCUGAGAACCCCGAUUGACCUUUGGCGCGACACGGACCAACGUGACCAAUGGGUGUCGAACAGCUAUGGAGAGGUUAUUUCGGAGAAUGCAGCCGAGUUUGGUCUCGAGAGCAGUGCAUCCGUGGGCACAGAGUGCAAGAGCACAGCUGUGGCCGUAGGACUGGAACACUACCCUGAACUUCUCACGAACAAUGUGAUUGACUGGUAUUGCGAUCAGGAUCUGCUUCCUGCCGAUAACUUUGACAUUGAUGGUCUUAUUGACCUGGAAGCUGUAUCGACGCCUGAGGAGAAUUAA